AUGGUGACAGACGCGUCCUUGGCUCGCAAUGAGCGCGGGCCCUACGGGCGGGGACGAGCUGGAAGGCCUGGCGACGCGGUGGUAGCCGAAAAGUGCCCUUUCUGUUUGUGGGACCUGCAGAAGUGGUGGCCACACAUUCGGGCGCCGGUAUUCCUGGGUGGCCCUGCACAUGGCGCCGCAGAUGGUGCAGAGGUGAGGGAGACAAUAAGUGAGGUACGCCUCUGCCAUCUCAAAUGCGCUGAGGAGUCACUGGAGGCCCGUGGUGGCCCUGGUGGUGGCCGUGGCGUGAAGAUCGAAGCAGACUUUGCCAGCAGCUUGCGCGAGUUGCUGCUUCGAAGCCCGAAUCUCUUUGCCCGUCGGGCCGCUGCACGGGUGAGUUUGGAGGAGGAGCGGCUACAGGAGGUCGCUCGGAGCGACGAGGCACCCCGCUGGCCCUUCCGGGAGCUGCCGGCCCCGCCCAGUGCCACCUUUGCUGUGGAGGGCAUCCGGGAGAUGAGGCUGUCAGCGUCCCCGCUGUUGCUUAAACUUCCGAGUGAGAUUGGAUUUGCUCGCUCCCUGGACACGCUAUGCUUGAUCUCCAACAGUCUGACAGAGCUUCCGCCCGAGGUGGGCUUAUUGACUGGACUUACGCACCUGUACCUCAAUGGAAAUUUUCUCAAAACCUUGCCGGAAUCAGUCUGCGCCUUGCCAAAGCUGCAAGAGCUGUGCCUUGACGCGAACAAGAUCGAGGAACUGCCCGAAAUCACUUCUGCACAGCUGGUGCUUUUGACAACGCCGGGCAACAAGAUGAAGGAGGUUCGACUCGUACCCCAGCUGCAGCGCCUGGAGGUGCACGGCAACCAGAUCCGGACCAUAGCUUCCCUGGGAUCGCCCGUGCUGCACAACCUUGUCACCCUCAAGGUGAUGGGAAAUCAGUUGGAACGGCUGCCAGAGGAGGUCGCCUACAUGACAAACUUGCGAAUCUUGUCAGUUGCCCAAAAUCGCCUAAAAUCCUUGCCGGAAGGUAUAUCAUCCCUUCAAGGCUUGGAGUGGCUAUUGGCGUAUGGGAACUGCUUGACAGAGCUGUCCAGCAAUGUCAUGUCAGGCUGCCGGGGCUUGACAAGGCUCCUGCUGGAGGACAAUCCUCUCAAGCCCUCCACCACAGCGGCUUUGAUCGAGGCAGUGCCGAGGUCCAGCGUGAAGACGCUUGGCCUGGACACGCAGCAGGUGCGGGAAGCCCUGGCAGCUUCGCCUUCGGUCUGUAAGGAGGAGUUGCCUGCAGCGAUUUCCGUGGGCACUAUGUUGCCGGUGCGGGGCUCCAGCCAAAUCAGCUUGAAGCUGACAAGGGCAUCGCAGCUCCGACGGCAAGCAGGCGUCAAAUCAGUGGCAGAACCUGGCGGGCCUGUUGACCCGGCCCUUCAACCUGCGCAGCUUCUGAUCGUGGCUUUCGCAGCGUCACAGGGUGAGCCCGAGUGGUUGGGAUUCCUUCGGCGCCUCCUUGAGCACGGGCAGGUCUCGCCGCUGCCACCCGCUUGCAUGUCCCUCUCCGACCUGCUGGAGGCACCGAGCGCCAGUGACUUUGACGAGAAGAUGUCAAGGUUCUGGCAUGGAAGCCCUUGUGGCACACCAGAAGCUGAAGAGGAGCAGGACUGCGAGUGUCAAGUUGCACAGCUUCUGGACUUCGACGUGCUUACGGCCAUCGAUCAUCGCAUGCGGUGGUACUCGGAAGAUCGUCCUUCCCUGCAAGAAGCUUUCCGGGAACUGCGGCCUCGCUACUCGAAGAUGCUUUUUGUUGGUGCUUCCAUGGGCGGGUUUGCUGCUCUUCUCCACGGUGGUGUGCUUGCAGAUGGUGUGUUGGCAUUGAACCCACAGGCUACCUUGCCGGAGGCCUUGCUAAGGCCCCCGGCAGAGACCCCGGGAGACCUCCAGGACCUGACUCAGUCGCUUCUGGACUCGGCCAAAGCAGCUGCAGAUCGCGGGGCACAGAUCACAGUGCCCCACACUCGGUCUCCGCGGUUUCCUGAGCCAGAGCUGCCAGAGCUUGGAGGCAUGAAGUUCGGCUCCUCCGUAAGGCAGAAACUCGAAAAGCAGUGGCAGCAGCUGCCGCUCCCGCUGAAGGAGAGUGCCUACAAGACAGUGGACACCUUCUUGAAGCACACGGGCCGCGAGAGCUCGAACACCCGAGUUCUCUUCAGGAAGCACGCCACAGGUAAGGAUGUUCACGGGCAGCCCGUCCUGGACCUUCCGGGUGCUACUGCUAUGGUGUCUGAGUUGUCAGAGACCCUCAAGAUCCCUGACAACUUCUUCUACGACCUAGAGACCCAGUUUUAUCAGUUUGAUUUCGAUGGUGACGCGCGUCUUAACCAAGAGGAAACGACAUGCAUGGUUCGCGGUAUCCUCAAGCAGAGGCGGGCGGGCGCUGGUGGUAAACCAGAGGACGACGAUGCACAGGUCCCUUACAAGACGACCCGCGAAGCGGGGUAUUCUGUGGUGCGUGAGCUCGGCCGCGGAGGCCAGGGCGUCAUGUAUCUGGCAACCAAGCAAGCAAGCUCAGGCUUCCUCAUGUGCAGGGACGAUGACGAGAAGGAGUACUGUAUCAAGUUUUACUCGAAGAAGGAGGGGCAUGCUGGAAGCAUCCAUGAACUUGUGGAUGAGUUCUCUCGAAUGCGUCAGUUCAAUAGCGAGUUUGUCGCCAAGACCUAUGAGACCUUCCAGGAUUUAGACUUCUACUAUCUCGUGAAUGAACCUUACUUCGGAGGCGACUGGACGAAGCUGGCCCACAAGGCCCACGCGCAGGGAGUCGACAUGACCGAGGGGUGGUGGCGUGAUUUAUUCCGCCAGUGCUUAGUCGGAUUGGACUACUUGCACAAGUCCGCCCAGAUGCACUGUGACAUCAAGGAGCCAAACCUAAUGAUCAAAGACGCUGGUGACUAUCGGAGCCCGCGGAUGGUCUACAUCGAUUUUGGAUUGUCUCAGGCAUUUGCCAAGAAGCUUCAAAACAUUUCCGGCACGCCUGGUUACAUCCCUCCUGAGACGUGGAACGAGUCUGUCUGGUAUCCCCAAGGGGACAUCUUCAGCCUUGGAGUUGUGUUCUUCCAGAUGCUCGCCGGCCGUGUGCCUUCUUCCGAUGGAGUCCACAAGGGAAUCUUCCAAGAGGGUGCAGACUUGAAGCAAGUCGCGCAGUUCACCAUGCAGUCUCCGCCGCCCUGGCAACAAUUUCCGCAGCAGUGGCGACAGCUCGGUGGAAUCGUCGCGGCAAUGCUCCAGAAAGAGCGAACUUUGCGCCCUCGGGCUGCUGCGUUGCUUACGGACCCUUGGUUCGACUCGACCUCUGCUGCGCCGCUUCCGCGAGAGAAUCUCGCACGCAUGGUCGGGUUGUCCCGGGAAGCUGUUUGCAGGAGUGACCUCACCAAUGAUCUGUGCGAGAAGUGCAACCUCCGUGAUCUGAGGGCGCUUCGGACCAGAUUGGAUGAGGUCGCCAGCCAUGCAGGCACAUUACGAGCCAUGCAGAACUCGGCCGUUCCUGCAGCCACGUUUGCGGCAGUGGUCGGUGGAUAUGGCGCUGAUCAGGGUGUUUUGAAUGACUUCAUGUCCUGCAUUCAGGGCCCGCUGGUGCUGUACGACAACCUUUUGCAAGAAGUCGUCAAGGAAAAGGAAAGGCGGAGCAUUCAGCUGGUCUGCGAGCUGUUCAAUGAGAUGGACAUGGAUGGCAACGGAUACCUCUCAGAGAGCGAGAUACGGACAUUGCUGCAAAGUGAUGCUUUCGAGUGCAGUUACGAAGAUGUGGACGAUGUCUUGGAGAACAUGGAUUUUAACCAUGAUGGCUACGUGGACGUCGAAGAAAUGAAGCGUGCAAUCAUGGAGGAUGGCCGCAUCGCAAGGAAAGAUGAGGCAGACGAGGGCGCAAAGUCGUUCUGGAACUGGUUUGGAUUCGGCUGA